CUCGCCCGCGGCCCCGAGCCGGUCCCGAGCGGGUCCCGAGCCUCCCGCCGGCUGCGCCCGAGUCCGAAGGCGCCGCGCCGCGGGCCCGGGCCCAUGUGCGUGCGGCCCUCUCCAGGCCGUCCGCACUUCACCUCUGCGAGCGUCCUGGCCUCGCUCGGGCCUUGGAGGAGCCGCCGCGACCCCCAGGCUGCGGGGCAGGAUCAAUGUCCAGGGCCAAGGCAGUUUUAUUUGUAUGGAUUUCUGUUCACUGCUGCAUUCAUAGAGGUUGCAGAAUCUCUUAAGGUUUUCUCUCUAUAUCCCUGGCUGUCCUGGAACUCUCUGCGUCUUGAACUCUCAGAGAUCUGCCUGCCUCUGCCUUCCAGAAGUGCAGGGACCAAAGCUCUGUGGCCACCAUCAUGUUCUGGAAAUUUGACUUGAAUACCACGUCCCAUGUUGACAAGCUGCUCGACAAGGAACAUGUGACACUGCAAGAGUUAAUGGACGAAGAUGACAUCCUGCAAGAGUGUAAGGCUCAGAACCAGAAGUUGCUGGACUUCCUGUGCAGGCAGCAGUGUAUGGAGGAGCUGGUAAAUCUCAUCACACAGGACCCACCCCUGGACAUGGAAGAGAAGGUCCGAUUCAAUGCUUGAACUGUGCCCUUUUAGAUAUCCAAACACAGCCUGUGAGCUUCUGACUUGUGAUGUGCCGCAGAUCAGCGACAGACUAGGCGAGGACGAGAGUCUGCUGAACCUUCUAUAUGACUUCCUGGAUCAGGAGCCACCACUCAACCCACUGCUUGCCAGUUUUUUCAGCAAGACCAUUGGCAAUCUUAUUGCAAGGAAAACUGAACAGGUGAUCAUGUUUUUGAAGAAGAAGGAGAAGUUUAUCAGCCUGAUGCUGAAGCACAUAGGCACCUCAGCUCUCAUGGACCUGCUGCUGCGCCUGGUCAGCUGUGUGGAACCAGUUGGUCUCCGGCAAGAGGUCCUACAUAGGCAGUCAAAUGCUUCUCAGGCACUCUGUGACAUCAUCAGACUGGGCAGAGACCAGGGCAGUCAGCUGCAGGAGGCUGUGGAGCCAGACCCCCUCCUCAUAACACUGGAGUCGCAGGACUGUGUGGAGCAGCUUCUGAAGAACAUGUUUGAUGGGGAUCAGAUGGAGAGCUGCCUGGUCAGUGGGAUGCAGGUGCUGCUUGCCUUGCUGGAGCCAAGGCGUGUUGGAAGGCUUGGUGGACUCCUUUUCUCAGGGACUGGAAAAGGCAUACUCUGUCAACAGCAGCAUCCUGCGUGGCAUCGAGCCAUGGCUAAAGAAUUUCCAUCAGCUCCUGCUCCACCCGCCAAAGGAAGCCCUGUCUUGAUCACACCCUACUCUCUCCAGGCCAGGCAUAUCAUAGGUGAGUGGCCUAUUUGUUAUAAGACUCCAACUGGGUGGUGCCUCCUGUGUUUGCAGAAAAAAGCAAUCCUGACCACUAUUGGCGUGCUAGAGGAGCCCCUGGGGAAUGCUCGUCUUCAUGGUGCACGCCUCAUGGCUGCACUGCUGCACACAAACACGCCCAGCAUCAACCAGGAGCUCUGCCGACUCAACACCAUGGACUUACUGCUGGACUUGUUUUUCAAGUACACCUGGAAUAACUUUUUACACUUCCAAGUGGAACUGUGCAUAGCCGCUAUUCUUUCCCAUGCUUCCCGGGAGGAACAGGCAGAAGCUAGUGGAUCGGAUGGCAAGGUGGAGCCUCUUCAGGGGAGUGGAGAUGGAACUGGGAAGCCCGAGACCCCCCAAUCCAUCACCAGCCUUCCUGAGAACACGAUGGUGACCCAUCUGUUCCAGAAGUGCUGCCUGGUACAAAGGAUCCUGGAAGCCUGGGAAGCCAACGACCACACACAGGCAGCAGGUGGCAUGAGACGCGGGAAUAUGGGUCACCUCACAAGGAUCGCCAAUGCAGUUGUACAGAACCUGGAGCAGGGCCCAGUGCAGACCCAUAUCAGUGAAGUCAUCCGAGGGCUCCCUGCAGAUUGCCGUGGGCGCUGGGAGAGCUUUGUGGAAGAGACACUGAUGGAGACCAACCGCAGGAACACUGUGGACCUGGUGAGCACUCACCACCUUCACUCCUCAAGUGAGGACGAGGACAUUGAGGGUACUUUCCCUAACGAGCUGUCCCUUCAGCAGGCCUUCUCUGAGUACCAGAUCCAGCAGAUGACAGCCAACUUUGUGGAUCAGUUUGGCUUCAAUGAUGAGGAAUUUGCAGACCAGGAUGACAACAUCAAUGCCCCAUUUGACCGGAUUGCAGAGAUCAACUUCAACGUUGAAGCCGAUGAGGACAGUCCUAGUGCGGCUCUGUUUGAAGCCUGCUGCAGUGAUCGAAUCCAGCCCUUCGAUGAUGAUGAGGAAGAAGACAUCUGGGAGGAUGAGGAGACUCGAUGCACUGCCCGGGUGAUGGCCAGAGCCAGGUUUGGAGCCCCUCAUGUUUUAGAAAAUUACUCAAAGAAUGCCCUGGAACAUGGAGGCCAGGACAGGAAGGCUGGCUUAGCAGCAGCUAGGAAUGUUCCUGGAUUGGCCACUCCUUCAUCUCCUACACAGAAAGAAGGUCCUCGCUCAGAGAGUGAUUCAGAAGGUACUACAUGGACAGCAGUUUUUGAUGAGCCAGUGAACCCGAUGUCUGCAGCCCCAGGAGCUGCGAGGGAUGUGGGUUCUAGUAUAUGGGCAGCUGGUCCCUCAGCUCCAGAGGAGAAAGGCUGGGCCAAAUUCACCGACUUCCAGCCUUUCUGCUGCUCUGAGUCAGGGCCCCGGUGCAGCUCUCCUGUGGAUAUGGACCACAGCCAUGCCGAGGGUGGCCAGAGUCCAGGCCCAGAGAAAGCCUUUGGUCCUACCUCGCCUUGUACCUGGAAUGUGUGUGUCACCCGGAAGGCCCCACUGGUAGCCUCUGACAGCAGCUCCUCUGGGGGAUCUGACAGCGAAGAUGACGAGAAGGCAGCUGGUGCUGUGGAAGCCAUGCGCACAGGUCAUGGUGGGAAAGCCCCCCCACUACCCAGGACAGAGGAAGCUGCUGCCAGCAGGACUGAGUGUACGGACAGCACCGUGUUAGCCCCUGCCUGCCCUGCAUCUCCAGAAGUGACCAUCAGUCCUGCUGUGGCCACCACAGCACCAAGCAAGGCAGGUCCUCCUGCAGCCACCGCAGUUGUCUCUUCCUCAGUGGCUAUUGCAGUGCCCCCAGGGCCGGUCAUGGCGGUAACCACGGCAGCCCCAGCCAUAGUUGCCACCCAGGAGACAAUGACAAAGGACAGGAAGACAGAUGCCCUGCCAGAAGGAGCUGCCUUAAAUGGUCCUGUGUAACUGCUGCCACCAGCUAUGGCCCGCCCUGGUCAGGCUGCUUCCUUUAUCAAGAAAACUACCUGGUGAUGCAAUUUUUUUUAAUUUAAAAUAAAUGCUGCAUUUGGUAAAGCU